AGUAGGAAAUACACAAAUGGGCUAAAGAAACAUUUGGCAAGUCACAUCAGUUUUUAUGAAUGCAAAAUGGAAUGAUUCAACAAAUUCCUACCUAUAAAAUUGCCUACUACAAUUUCACCAUCCAUUUUGCAUUCUUUCUACUCUUUUCCUACCCCCAACUUAAAAAAAAAAUAAAUUCUAACACACUUCUAUAAAUUAUUAUAUCAACUCACUCAGAACAUCAAACUACUAGUUUCAUUUUUCCUAGGAAACACAACAAAGUACUGCCAAGCAUGGGAUCUGAGGUUGGGCAACAGGCCAUGGCGAAACCGAACGAAGACCAUAUUUUCCGGAGCAAAUAUCCCUCGGUGCAAGUUCCAGAUGACAUGACUCUGCCCGAUUUCGUGCUUCAUAACAUAGAGCCCUACACUAACAAUGUGGCCUUAGUAGAUUCCACCACUGGGAAAGAGUACACCUAUGGCCAGGUCUUGAGGGACAUCCGGAGGUUCGCCAAGGCACUAAGGUCACUAGGGUUGAGGAAGGGUAGGGUGGUGGUGGUCGUGCUCCCGAAUGUGGCUGAAUACGCCAUUAUCGCACUGGGAAUCAUGGCUGCAGGCGGGGUCAUAUCUGGUGCAAACCCAGCGUCACAUUCAUCUGAACUGAAGAAGCAAGUUGAAGUUGCAGACGCAAAGCUCCUUGUUACUGAUGCACCAACUUGUCACAAGGUGAAAGAUUUGGGCAUUCCAGUGAUAGUGGUAGAUGAAGAGCAAGUUCAGGGAACAAUAAACUGGGAUGAACUGCUCCAAGCUGCAGACCGUGCGAGCAAUGACCUCACGAUACCAGAAGAUGAGGUGGUGAAGCAGAGUGAUCUCUGUGCCCUUCCAUUCUCAUCGGGCACAACUGGGGUGUCAAAGGGGGUGAUGCUGACACAUAGGAAUGUGGUGGCUAACCUUUGCUCUUCACUUUUCAGCGUAGGACCGGAGUUAAUUGGGAAUGUGGUAAUACUAGGUCUGAUCCCAUUCUUCCACAUAUAUGGAUUGGUUGGGAUUUGUUGUGCAACCAUGAGAAACAAAGGGAGAGUGGUGGUGAUGCGCCGAUAUGAACUGGGAGCAUUUCUUGACGCACUCAUCACCCAUGAAGUCAAUUUUGCACCAAUUGUGCCACCCAUCAUUUUGGGUUUGGUCAAGAACCCCAUUGUGGAUACCUAUGAUCUCACCAAGCUCAAACUCAAAUCCAUCAUGACGGCUGCUGCCCCACUAGCACCGGAAAUUCUAAAUGAAUUCCAGAAGAAAUUCCCCGAUGUUCAAGUCCAAGAGGCAUAUGGGAUGACUGAGCACAGCUGCAUCACACUUACUCACGGAGAUCCAAGAAUGGAUCAUGCCAUUGCCAAGAAAAAUUCAGUAGGUUUUAUUCUUCCUAAUUUGGAAGUGAAGUUCAUUGAUCCUGAAUCUGGUUUAUCUCUUCCAAAAAACACCCCGGGAGAGAUUUGUGUUAGAAGCCAAUGUGUUAUGAAAGGUUACUACAAUAACGAGUGUGAGACUGCACUUACAAUAGACAAGGAUGGCUGGCUCCAUACCGGAGACAUUGGUUACAUUGAUGAUGAUGGAGAUAUCUUCAUUGUGGACCGCAUCAAAGAGCUGAUCAAGUUCAAGGGUUUCCAAGUAGCUCCUGCAGAGUUGGAAGCAACACUUCUCAGUCAUCCUUCAGUCGAAGAUGCUGCUGUUGUUGGGUUACCUGAUGAAGAAGCUGGUGAGAUUCCUGCUGCAUGUGUCGUUUUGUCGCAUGGAGCAAAGGAUACUGGAGAGGACAUAAAGAACUAUGUAGCAUCUUGUGUUGCGCACUACAAGCGUGUUAGAGUUCUGCAAUUUGUUGACACCAUUCCUAAAUCACCUUCGGGAAAAAUCAUGAGAAGACUUAUCAAAGAACAGAUGGUGAAAAAUCUUGCCAGUGCAUAAGAUGAUGUACCUUAUAAGCAAUCUUAAUGAACUAAUUGUUAUUUC